AUGCAUGACACCAACCAAACCGAUCGGACUCCGUUCAAAGGCUUUGUUACAUUCUUGGCUAUCAACUGCGCGCAUUUUAUUGUCGAAGCAUGGCCUCGAGGCCGCACCGUAGUACAACGAAAGACUGGCGCGAGUCAGUACGAGAAGGCCAAUUUUUUCUCGCGCAUCAGCUUCCAUUUUAUGCAAGACACUGUCGCGUUGGGAUACAAGAGACCUCUCCUCCAGACAGAUAUCGCGACCUUGAUGCCGAAACGCAUGCAAGCCGAGUUUAGCUUUGAGCGCUUAUCAGCAAAAUGGGACACCGUCCGGGACAAGCAUGCCGUCAAGGGUACCGCACCCUCGCUCAUGAAGACCAUCCUGACGUCUUUCAAGAACCAGUGGACCGUCAUCAUGAUCCUCCGUAUCCUGACCUCUGUCAUGACCUAUGUCUCGCCUCAGCUCUUCAACAGUCUGCUGGGAUUCAUUCAAUCGUACGCGAUGCCCGAUGAGACGGACAGAAAACCGGUUUCAUUGGGGGUGAUACUCGCGUUCGGCAUGUUCUUUUGCUCGAUCGUGGUGACGUACUUGAACGCACAGCUCCAGGCCGCGACGGUCAACUUGGGCAUUGAGGUGCGCACGGCAUUGAUGUCAAUGAUCUAUCGCAAGGCGCUGAGACUGUCGAACGAUGCGAGACAAAAGUCCACGGCGGGUGAGAUUACAAACCAUAUGUCUGUAGAUGCGGAGCGUUGGCCGAUGAGUCUGUCCUUCUUGCCGAUGAUCAUCUCAGUCCCCAUUGAAAUCGCUAUAGCCAUUUGGAUGCUGUAUGGACUCAUUGGCUGGUCCAUUUUUGUGGGCUUCGGUGCCGUGGUCUUGAUGCCGCCUAUUCACGCCAAGCUCUCGGCUUUCUUUGCGACCUUUCGCGCUGCCAAAAUGAAGGCCAUGGAUAGCCGCCUCCGCCUUGUGAAUGAGGUUCUCGGCGGAAUGAAGAUCGUCCGACUCUAUAACUGGGAGGAGUCCUUCAAGGAAAAGAUCGGCGUUGUUCGUCGCGACGAACUCAAAAUGCUCAGAAAGUUCGGUGUAGUUUUUUCAUGGGUAGGCCUGGUCUUCCUGUCGACGCCUCUGGUCAUUACCUUGGUCUCCCUCGCAGUCUUUGCGACCCAUGGCGGACCCAACUUUGGACCCGGAGACAUCAACCCGCAGACCAUCUUUGUCAGCAUCUCCCUUUUUGGAUUACUCUCCCGCCCCAUCAGCGCCAUGUCCAGUACCCUCUCCCAAGUCACCAGCAUCACCGUCGCCACAACUCGGAUCCAAAAAUUCCUUCUCGCCGAAGAACUCGACGAGUCCAUGAUCGAGCGUGAACCUGAGGAGGGACAAAACGAUGGUCAUCCUGUGAUCGAGGUUCAAAACGGCAUCUUUGCCUGGUUCAAUUACUCGCCCACACUCACGAAUAUCAGUUUCUCGGUCCCCAAAGGCUCCUUGACCGCGGUUGUCGGACGUGUCGGACAGGGCAAGACCUCGUUGUUGAGCGCCUUGAUCGGUGAGAUGUAUAAACGUCAGGGCACAAUCCGAAUCCGUGGUCGAAUCGCGUAUGUGGCCCAACAGGCCUGGAUCAUCAAUGCGACGCUCAAGGAGAACAUUACGUUCGGACUUGAGUUUAAUCAAGAUAAAUACGACCGUAUCGUUGCUGCAUCAGGUCUGUUACCAGAUAUUGAGAUGCUGCCCGGAGGGGACAUGACCGAGAUUGGUGAGCGCGGAAUUAAUUUGUCUGGCGGUCAGAAGCAACGAGUGUCAUUGGCCCGUGCGGCGUAUCAAGAUGCGGACAUCUAUCUUCUGGACGAUCCACUGAGUGCGGUUGAUGCGCAUGUAGACCAACAUCUGUGGGAGAACCUGCUCGGUCCCAACGGUUUGCUCAAGGACAAGACCCGUCUUUUGGUGACUCAUGGUAUUCACCACCUGGAGCAUGUCAAUCAGAUUAUUGUGGUCAAAGAUGGUCAGAUUACGGAGAAUGGACAUUAUGACGAGUUAAUGGAUGCGAAGAAGGGAUUCUUUCAGCUCAUUGAGGAGUUUUCAGUGAAUGCUCGCAGAAAUCGAAAGAAGAAGGCUAUGGAUGGAGCGGUUCUCGAAGGCGAGGCGGUGGAGGAGGAAGAAGAAGAGGAAGGAGCGAGUGAGACGGCUACGCAGAAGGGAGAUAAUAAGGAGGUCACGAAGACGCCGCCCAAGAAGGACGACAAGGCUGCGGAGCUGAUUGCUGCUGAGAAGAUGGUGCUAGGACGCGUUACCUGGGGGGUUUUCGAUAUUUAUCUCCGUGCUGCUUCGUACCCUGUUUCUGUGGUCAUUGUCUUUGCCUAUCUGCUUAUGCAGACCUGCCAGGUCGGCACCAAUAUUUGGCUGGAGCAUUGGACGAGGAUAUCAGAAAACGGCACUCGCUCACCCGCAGAGUUCUUGGGAGUCUAUGCCGCUAUCGUCGUCGUCUACAUGGGGCUGAACUUCUUCACCACGUACCUGCUCAUGGUUGUGGCAGGAUUGAGAGCCACUGCACAGCUUCACGACGCCCUUUUGAACGCAAUCUUGCGCCUUCCCAUGAGCUUCUUCGACACGACGCCGUUAGGCCGUAUUGUCAACCGUUUCUCGACCGACAUCUUUGCCACUGACAACACUUUGCCAUGGGGAUUCAUGACUUGUCUGAUGUAUAGCGUCUCUGUGCUAGCCACCAUUGUGGUCAUCGCUUCUACGACCCCGAUCUUCCUGGCCAUGGUCCCCCCGCUAUUUAUUGCGCUUGUCUCCAUUCAGCGCUACUACAUUCGUCCCUCGCUCAGUCUGCGUCGCAUUGACUCCACAAGUCGUUCGCCUGUUUAUCAGCACUUUACCGAAUCCCUUGUCGGUGUCUCGACCAUCCGCGCAAUGGGCGUUAGUAAUACCUUCAUUCUCCAGAACGAGAAAAAAGCCACUGUGUCCGCAAACGCCUUCUUCACCUACCAGAUGGUCGCACGCUGGCUUCAGAUCCGACUCGAGAGCCUCGGAGCCACCAUUAUUCUUGGCGCAGCCCUGUUCUCGGUCCUGAAUAGGGGUUCUUUGAAUCCUAGCAUGGUUGGUUUGGCCUUGUCAUAUGCGCUUACGGUCACUCAGGAUAUCACUCUCCUGGUGCGCUCGUACUGCGAUCUGCAGAACCAACUGGUGUCGAUCGAAAGAGUUGACGAGUACCUCCGCAAGAACUCCGAGGCGCCCAUUUCGCUACCUACAGAUGACGACUUGCCCGAGAAGUGGCCUCAGGCCGGACGUAUUGAGUUCAGGAACUUUUCGACACGUUACCGCCAAGGUCUAGAUCUGGUGAUCAAGAACAUCACAUUCGAGGUUCAGCCGGCCGAGAAGGUCGGUAUUGUUGGACGCACCGGAGCAGGCAAGUCAUCGCUGACACUGGCACUGUUCCGUAUCAUCGAGGCAGCAAACAGCCACUGGGCCAAGGCGAAUGGUGGAUCGAUCUGGAUUGAUGGGGUCGACAUCUCAGUCAUUGGAUUGAGUCGACUUCGCAAACACCUCGCGAUCAUCCCUCAGGACCCCACGCUCUUUGCGGGCACCGUGCGCGAGAAUCUGGACCCGUUCGAGGAAUUGCAGGACGCAGACCUUUGGGAGGCACUGGAGCGCGCGCAUUUGAAGGACCAUAUAUCGUCACUCGCCGGUGGAUUGUCGUUCAAGGUAUCUCAGAACGGAGACAAUUUCUCUGUCGGCCAGCGGUCCUUGAUCUGCUUGGCCCGUGCGUUGCUCCGCAAGACCAAGAUUUUGAUCCUGGACGAGGCCACGGCGGCGGUGGAUGUGGAGACGGAUGAGUUGAUUCAAAAGACGAUCAGGAAGGAGUUCAAGGAUCGGACGAUUUUGACGAUUGCGCACCGUAUCAAGACCGUGAUGGAUUCCGAUAAGAUCUUGGUCCUAGAGAAGGGGCGCGUAGAAGAGUACGAGUCGCCCAAGUUGUUGCUGCAGCGUGAGGAUUCGCUGUUUUUUAAGCUUGCGCAGCAGGCAGGCGAGAUUAAGGAUAAGGAGGAAGAGGAGGAGGGGCAGUAG